AUGCGCGAACAACUACCAAAUUGUGCACUUGAUCAGAGACUUGCUCGCUCUAUCUCAGACACCAUUUCUUCCGGCAAGCCUCAAGAUUCUCUUGCCUUGGAGGAAUUGACGGUCGAGAUUACCGAUGAUGGACAAUUUGCAACGGCUGACUUCCCAACACAACUCAUGGAUGUGCUUCUCCAUAGGGGUCGCUCGUGGCAGAUCACGCGCAAUAUUCGCGAUGAUCGCCGACAAGAGAUACUGGUGGAACAAACCCAACCAUUCCGUGCCGACUUGCUUCACUACCAGAAGACUGAAAAGCUGGCUUGA